AGUCAAUUUAUUAAUAUGCCUUAUUCUUAAAGUACACUUUAAUCUUUAGUCUAUCUUUUGGUGAUAGAAAACGAAUUGCUCCAAAUUUUUUUCUAUUUUUAUAUCACUUCAAAUUCGACCAUUUCGUUCAGAUUACUGCGACGCAUAAUAUGUAUGAAGUGAUUUAAAUUUAUUAAAUACUUUCAAAAUGACUUCAUAUUGUGCAAUUCUGUCUAUUUAUUGCCUAUUUACCGCCUUUAUAGCGAUUUUUCCGCAGUUUGAGUCACCGGACUCUUAUCAAAUAUUGCUAGUGGAACGUACUUUAAAAUAUCUUUUCUACGGGACUACUAACUUACUGUGUACUGUGUAGUGUAUUAAUGUAAUAUGUAAUAAGGGCUUACUCAAACUCAAUUACUCGAGUUUACACCAUUUGUCUAUCUGAAAAAAAAGGAACUUCUUUUUCAUAAUUUUUUACUGAAUAUAUUACUAUUGACUUUUGAUUAAGUUAUACCUUAUGGUAAGUCAUAACCAAAAUUGUUGUUAUAUUAAAUCAUAGACUUAUUAAUAUCAGGCACCCAUGUAAGAAGCUAUUUUGUUUGUUCAAACAUCUAUGUUUUGUUAUAUAUUGUUUUCUAAAAAAAAAAACUUUCAAAAACGCCCGGCAUUUUUUUCUGUAAACUUUCCUAAUUUAUAUUAAAAAAUAUCAAUACGUUUUUAUAUAUAUUUAACAGUAUUUUUCCAUUUUAUAUUAUAUUUUGUAGGCUUCUACAAGUGAUGAUUUAGAGAUGUUUGGUAGCAUCAAUGAAGACAAAUUAUGUGAAACUGUUUCAGCAGUUAAAAUAAAUGAGGAGGAAGAUUCUGAAAAAAAUUCAUCAGACAACAGUAGUGGUUAGAAUGAAAUAUGAACAAAAAUGUUGACUAAGUAAUUAUAUAAUUAUUAAAUAUUUUAGAAACUAGUGAUGAAUCAGUAGAAAUUGAAGUACCUUUUAAAGUUGGUAUGUGGGAUUUAAAGCAAUGCGAUCCAAAACGAUGUACUGGAAGAAAACUAAUGAGACUAAAAAUGAUAGACAAACUUGGGAUGUUGGCAAAAUUUAAUGGCAUCGUUUUAACACCUGUUGCAAAUGAAGUAGAACUUAAAGUAAUUUUAGUUUUGAUUUUAGUUAUUAACCAUAAUUUUGUAGAGUGUUUCAGCAAAGGACAAUCCAAUUAUAGCUAAAUAUGGUGUAGCCGUUGUGGAUUGUUCUUGGGCACGACUUCAUGAUACUCCAUUUCACAAAUUGCAGCAUAGGACAGCAAAGAAAAACCUAAGACUGUUACCAUAUCUGGUAGCAGCAAAUCCAGUAAACUAUGGACAUCCUCUUAAACUUUCUUGUGUUGAAGCUUUAGCUGCUGUAAUGUAUAUAGCUGAUUAUAAAGAAAUUGGUGACUUAUACAUGUCUAAAUUUAACUGGGGACCUACAUUUAUACGCCUCAAUCAAGAAUUAUUAGAUGGCUAUGCAAACUGUAAAGAUGGAAAAGAAGUUGUUGCUUUUCAAAAUCAGUACUUGGAUCAGCUCGGUAUAAGAUAAAUAUAUUAUAAUACAAAUAUGUAUUAAAUAAUAUAGUUAUUAUAAUUAUUUUAGAAAAUGGAAAUAAUAGAUCAAGCAAUGAGGAAGUUAGUGAUGAAGAACUUUGAAAGAUGUUAUACCAUUACAGUACCAAUAUUUUCUAUGAAGACUGAUUCUAAAAAAAAAUUGAAUAUUAUUUUAAUAAUAAAGUACCUAUUUAGCUUCUAAAUAUAAAUUAUUAACUUACAUUUGUAUAAUACUUAAAUAAAAAAUAAAUAGGUAUUGUUGGUUGCAAAAAAAUAUUGCCUUAACAAAUAAAAACUAACACACUACUUCACAAGACAAGUAGGCCACUAUUGUAAAGGAGAAGUUAUGAAGGUAGGACAAAAGGAAUUUAAUUUAUAUCAAUAUGCAAUAAUAAACUUUUAAAUUUUAGUUAUACAUGUUUUGAAAUAUUGUAAUAUUUAUAAUUUUGUCAAAAUUUCAUAUUAAAAUUAUAAAAAAAAAAUACCACAUCAAAUUCAAUUCUUUUCUUUUUUUUGGUUACAUAGUACAAAUUAUAAUGAACCUACUGUUAUAUGAUCAAGUACUUCUGUUUAAUCUAACAAUUCUAUCCACAGAGAAAACACUAGAAAUAAGUAUCUCAAAAAUUUUGAACAUUUUACCACAUUUAGAAAAUACAAGGUUUUGUAGUUUUAUCAAAACAAAAAAUUGAAAGUAAAAAAUAAUAAAAUCAUAUUAUUUUCAUAAAUUUUCAUUCAUUCUUUCUACGUUUUUUUUUUUUUUUUUGUUUCAUUAAAGUAUAAAAAACCUGGACCUCUAAAGUAAUGCUACUUUAAAUUCUUUAAAAUAAAUUUAAAUUACAUUACACAAAAGAGAAACCUAAUACAAAAUGUACUAAAUUGUCGGUAUAUCUGUUUUCUCACUUUUCUUUGCCUUCAUUUCAACUAUUUGGAAUAGGCCAACCUUGUCCUAAACUUCCACUUAAUCUGAUUUCUCUCUUGCAUAAACCAGCUGUUAUAAUAUUCUCAAUUGCAUUUAUUUUCUUUACAAAUCUUACUACUUUAGAUUCAUUCCUCUCUAUGACAUACUUGUUAUUUAUUAUGAUUAUUUUGUAUAAAAUAUUUUAAUUACUUCUAUACUACUUUUCUGUUAUAUUAAGUACUUUAAUUGUAGAACAUGUUUUGUUUGCACCAUUUUAAAAUAUGUUAUAAUUGUUGAGCUCUCAUAGUUAUUCAACUAGUAGGUAAUAAAAAAUAAAGUAUGAUAUUGGUAUGCAUGCAUUC